GCCGCAGGGGGGGCGGCCCCAUUGCCAGCCUCUCGGGGCGGAGGCGCGGGCGGAGGCGGGUUUCCUUUCUUUCGGCCGCCCCUGCCGCCGCCGUUGCUCCUGCCCUCGCCGCCGCCUGGACUCCCGCGCCGCUCGCCUCCCACGCAGCCCGGCGCUCGGCCGCCAUGUACCCGGCCGGGGGAGCCGCCCCCGGGGCCGCCGCGGGACCCGUUCUUACAACACCUCCAUCACUGCCACCUCCAAUGCAGGCAUAUGCAUUUAAACCUCCCCCUCGACCUGAUUUUGGUACUUCGGGAAGAACAAUCAAACUGCAAGCCAAUUUCUUUGAAAUGGACAUCCCCAAAAUGGACAUCUAUCAUUACGAAUUGGAUAUAAAGCCUGAGAAAUGUCCUAGAAGAGUUAACAGAGAAAUAGUUGAGCACAUGGUGCAGCACUUUAAAGCCCAGAUCUUUGGAGAUCGCAAGCCAGUAUUUGACGGGAGAAAAAAUCUCUACACCGCAAUGCCGCUUCCAAUAGGGAGAGAUAAACAGGUGGAAUUGGAGGUCACGUUGCCAGGAGAAGGGAAGGACAGGAUAUUCAAGGUAGCCAUCAAGUGGAUGUCGGUUGUAAGUCUUCAGGCAUUGCACGACGCUCUCUCCGGUCGUCUUCCAAGUGUUCCUUUUGAAACCAUUCAAGCUCUUGAUGUGGUGAUGAGGCACCUGCCCUCCAUGAGAUAUACUCCAGUGGGCCGAUCUUUUUUUACUGCAUCCGAAGGAUGUUCGAAUCCUCUGGGAGGUGGCAGAGAAGUCUGGUUUGGAUUCCAUCAGUCAGUCAGGCCUUCCCUGUGGAAAAUGAUGCUGAACAUCGAUGUCUCUGCGACAGCAUUUUAUAAGGCCCAGCCAGUGAUUGAAUUUGUAUGUGAAGUUCUUGAUUUCAAAAGUAUUGAAGAACAACAGAAACCUCUGACAGAUUCCCAAAGGGUUAAGUUUACCAAAGAAAUUAAAGGUCUUAAGGUGGAAAUCACUCACUGUGGACAAAUGAAAAGGAAAUACCGAGUAUGCAACGUUACGAGAAGGCCAGCAAGUCACCAAACAUUUCCUCUUCAGCAGGAGAGUGGCCAGACUGUUGAAUGCACUGUAGCUCAAUAUUUUAAGGACAGGCACAAAUUGGUAUUACGCUAUCCUCACCUUCCAUGUUUACAAGUUGGACAGGAGCAAAAACAUACGUACCUUCCCUUAGAGGUAUGCAAUAUAGUUGCAGGACAGAGAUGUAUUAAGAAGCUGACAGACAAUCAAACUUCUACUAUGAUUAGAGCCACGGCGAGAUCAGCCCCAGAUCGUCAGGAAGAGAUCAGCAAAUUGAUGCGAAGUGCAAGUUUUAAUACCGACCCUUUCGUUCGUGAGUUUGGAAUCAUGGUGAAAGAUGAAAUGACGGAUGUCACGGGGAGAGUGUUACAGCCACCUUCGAUUCUCUACGGAGGCCGGAACAAAGCAAUUGCGACCCCAGUGCAGGGGGUCUGGGAUAUGAGGAACAAACAGUUUCAUACUGGAAUUGAAAUCAAGGUCUGGGCCAUUGCGUGUUUCGCUCCCCAACGCCAGUGCACUGAAGUCCAUCUUAAAACCUUCACGGAACAACUGAGGAAAAUAUCCAGAGAUGCAGGAAUGCCCAUCCAAGGUCAACCGUGCUUCUGUAAAUAUGCCCAGGGAGCAGACAGUGUGGAACCCAUGUUCCGUCAUCUGAAGAACACCUAUUCUGGUCUGCAGCUUGUGGUUGUCAUUCUACCUGGGAAAACUCCUGUUUAUGCCGAAGUGAAGCGUGUCGGUGACACCGUGUUGGGAAUGGCCACGCAGUGCGUGCAGAUGAAAAAUGUGCAGAGGACAACCCCCCAGACCCUCUCCAACUUGUGCUUAAAGAUCAAUGUCAAACUAGGAGGAGUUAAUAACAUUUUAUUGCCACAAGGAAGGCCUCCGGUAUUUCAGCAGCCUGUCAUUUUCCUUGGUGCAGAUGUCACUCAUCCACCAGCUGGAGAUGGGAAGAAGCCAUCUAUUGCUGCUGUUGUAGGCAGCAUGGAUGCCCAUCCGAACCGCUACUGUGCCACUGUGAGGGUCCAGCAGCACCGCCAAGAAAUAAUUCAAGACUUGGCUGCCAUGGUUAGGGAGCUGCUGAUCCAGUUUUACAAAUCAACUCGAUUCAAGCCAACGCGGAUCAUUUUCUAUCGAGACGGUGUUUCCGAGGGGCAGUUUCAACAGGUUCUUCAUCAUGAAUUGCUGGCUAUCCGAGAAGCCUGCAUUAAGCUAGAAAAAGAUUACCAGCCAGGGAUUACCUUCAUUGUGGUGCAGAAGAGACAUCACACCAGGCUGUUCUGCACCGACAAAAAUGAAAGAGUUGGGAAAAGUGGAAACAUUCCGGCAGGUACCACUGUGGACACAAAAAUCACCCACCCUUCGGAGUUUGACUUCUACCUGUGUAGUCAUGCUGGUAUUCAGGGCACAAGCAGACCGUCUCAUUACCAUGUUCUCUGGGAUGACAAUCGCUUCUCUUCAGACGAACUCCAGAUCCUCACUUACCAACUGUGUCAUACCUACGUCCGGUGUACUCGAUCUGUUUCAAUCCCUGCACCAGCCUACUAUGCACACCUGGUGGCCUUCAGAGCCAGGUAUCAUUUGGUGGAUAAAGAGCACGACAGCGCCGAAGGGAGCCACACUUCUGGGCAGAGCAACGGCCGUGAUCACCAAGCUCUCGCGAAAGCUGUCCAGGUCCACCAAGAUACUUUGCGCACCAUGUACUUUGCUUGACAUCUGGCCGUGUUGAGGAGGAACUCAGUUCUGAGUUGGAUUCACAAGAGACCAGCUGCACUUAGACCAACAGUUGCCCGAGCUACCGCGACAGCCAGCAAAGGAGUGAUGCAUCUUUAUUUUUAAAUAUUUGGGGCGGGGGGGGAGGAGGGGGCUGAUGAUAAUGAUGAUUGUGAUUCUAUUUGCAAGAAAGCUUUUCAUCCAGAAUUUCAGACUUGAGCGUACAAAAAAAAAAGAAUUGCACAGCUUUUAAGACAUGUGGAUAUGCCAAAAUCAAAAAGCUGCUUGUCGGGAGAAAUGAAACAAACAAACAAACAAACAAACAAAAAUUGAAAACCCACGUUUUCUAAUUAACUAGAGCUGUGAUCUCAGGGCUAAAAACAACACUUCUCAUUUUUAGUUACGACUUUUUUCAGAUGCUCUUAUUUGUAAUAAUCUGAAGAAAUAUCCAAUUAAGAUCCGAUUGAGCGGGCCUGGGAGGAAAAAAGAAAUGAAUUUGCUUUUAUUCCUUAAAAACAAAAAACAAAAAAACAAAAAAACAAAAAGCACUAGUUUGGAUGCCAGUGAAGUCUUUGAUCAUUCUGGAUGCAUUUGUAAAGCAAUUUUGUACCGAGAUGCAAAAAGAGUGAGCGAAUCCUUUGCUGUCUUAUUGAUAAGUCUGUGAAGGUCUAUGGGCAAAAAAAAAUAUGUAUUUUUGACGUUAAUUCUUGAAUGUCUUUCAUUGUGCUGUUUAAAAUUUUUUGUAGGAUGAGUUACGGAAUUAUUUCAGUUACAAAAAAGAAGUUUUAUCUAUACUUUUUAUUAGGUCCACUGAAAGAUUAAUGAAGUGUGCCACUUUUUUAAAAAAAAAAAGUUUAUUUUUUCUUAAAAAAAAAAUAAUAAUAAUAAUCCAUUUUGAUUACUAAUCAUGGAGUUUGUCCUCUAGGACUGUGACACUUAAUUUUCCAAAGCUUUUCUAAAGAAUACGGGUCUGUUGGUGAUACAGUACAAUCUCUUUCACUGUUAUGUUUGAAUUAAUGUAAAAUUUAUAUGUGUUUCACAGUAUUAACAUGAUAGUAUAGAUGCUAUUUAUAUUUAUUUACUAAAGAGUGCUCAACAUAUUUCUGUUUAACAUAUCACAAACUGAAGAAUGCUUUGGAGUUUUAAAGUGAAGAGCUUUUAUGUGGACGAGAGGGAUUUGGGUCGAAUUCACCAACCGUAGCUUUUUGCAGGCUCCCUUGUUCAUUUUAACGAGGUUUCUUUAUUAUAUCUCCUUGAAGUGAACAAAAGGAGAACUGGACAACUGGAUGUGUUGUCCCUUUAAAAAAAAAAUCCCAACAGGAUUAUGCAACUACCUUGUGUGGCAGAUGAAAGAUGUACUUGGUGUUUAUAUCAUUUUUUCCCCCUUGUAUCUUGGAAGGAUUUAGGAGAAUUCACAGGCUGUAGUUUAGGCAUCAAAAGCAAGUUUUGUGGUUUUUUCAAGCACAUAAAUUGUUGUUGUUUUUGUUGUUGUUUUUUUCUGUUGGAUCAUCUGAGUCACAGAAAUGGAAAGAAGGAGAUCUGUAUAUUUGGCUGUUCGCUCUGAAGAAAGACAAUCCCUCCAGACGCCUGCUAGAAAUACCAGUUUCUCUUAACUGUGCACAAGAUUUAUCAGACCAAAUAUUCAAAGCUACCGUUGCACUGAUGAUGACAAUAGGAACGCUACUAAAACACUGUGGGUUAGGAAGCUUUUUUCCCCUCUUCCAAUCUGAUGGGACUUUUAAAAAAAAAAAUCCUAAUUUUCCUAGGCAUUAUUUUUUAAAAAAAAAAAUUUUUUUUUUCUUGAAACCUUUCUAAGAUUCAUUUUUCAUUUCCUUCUGAAGAGCAGCGCAGCCAUCACUGGAAGAUAACGUGUUCUCUACCUCCAUUGAGUGAAAUGUUGAAAAUAGGAUUAAGCUAAGCUUGGAAUCUUAGGCUUUGCCCGGAACCGAUGGAUGUGUUGGCUGAAUGAGAUAAAAGGCCGCAAAAACAUUUUUAAGGCCCUAGUGCACAUUUUAUGGCAGUUAAUGACUGCAGCUCUGGAAAGUUGUGCCUCCCGUUGCCAACAGAUGCACCUGAAAAACGGGCUUUCGUAUAGAGGUUUCCAAGCGGCGUGCAGAAUGUCUUAAAAAAGUUUGGAAGCUGCAACUUCCAGCUGCUUAAUAGGCUUAAGAGAAGAAAAAGAGAUUUAAAGCACUAUUUUUUUGGGGGGGGGGGUCACUCUGUUUUGCUAAGCAAGAUUAUAGCAUCUCCUGUUUUUGAUAAUUUUUAAAAUUUUAUUUUCAAAGUUAAAAUGUUGACUCCCAAGGCAAAAAAAAAAAGGAAAGGAAACAAGAAACAAAGCAGAAAUCUGUUUCACCUUUCCACUUCCUUCUCCUCCUCUUCCUCCUCCUCCUCCUGGGAGGGGCAUUUCUUUCUGCAGCUUUUCAGAUACCAUAAAAUCUGCUCCAUGGAAUUCAGGAUCGAAGUUUAAAACAAUUAUCAGAUUGGGAGAUCAGAAAGGGAGAGAAAUCAUUUUGAAGUACAUCGUACCCUGUUUUCAAAUUAAAAUAAAACAGCACUCAAACAUGUGUUUUCACACACGUUUCUCUUUUUUGUUGUGCAUUUUUCAUUAUGUGCAACACUUCCAAAACGUUUCCCUGCUAUCAGAUAUAUUUGACGUUAUCUCACUGAUUUCCAAUGCCUUUUUCUUUUUUUGGAAAACUGCCAAUACAACUGGGAAAGUACAUCUAUUAAAGGAUAAUUACAAAUAUAAUUCAUGGGUGAUUAAUUAUGGGGAGUACGAAUUAGGAGUGUUUGAACCAAAAUGUUUACUGUAAAAUUUCUCUCCCUUUUUAAUUCAAACAGCUACAGCAGAUUAUUGGGUUAUGAGCUGCAGAGAGUCCCUCCUAUAUAGGAAGAAGGCAGUUAAUAUAAACUAGGAUUUCAUUCCUGCUAUUAAAAUUCUGUUUUAAUAGCUUUCUUUUCCAGGCAGCACUUAAAUGAAUUGUUGUGUUUAUAUUUUUUUUUACUAUUUUUUGUUUCCCCAUAAUCUUCAAAAUAAAGAGAAGCAGUGGCUUAGUGGGUAAGAUGCUGAGCUUGUUGAUCAAAAGGUUGACAGUUCAACAGUUCGAAUCCCUAGUGCCGCGUAACGGGGUGAGCUCCCAUUACUUGUCCCAGCUUCUGCCAACCUAGCAGUUCGAAAGCAUGUAAAAAAUGCAAGUAGAAAAAAUAGGGACCACCUUUGGUGGGAAGAUAACAGCGUUCCGUGCGCCUUCGGCGUUGAAUCAUGCCGGCCACAUGAUCACGGAGACGUCUUCGAACAGCGCUGGCUCUUUGGCUUUGAAACUGAGAUGAGCACCGCCCCCUAGAGUCGGGAACGACUAGCACGUAUGUGCGAGGGGAACCUUUACCUUUACCUUUAAUCUUAAAUGCGAAAAUAAAUAAUAAUAAUCUUCAAAAUGCAUCAGCCAGAGAAAGCUGGGCUAAAAUGCAAUCUUUUUCUUUUUUUGUCUUCCUAACUACAGCCACCUAAUCUGACAGCCGUCUUGUAGGGCCUGCCAGCUAGCAACAGGCUAAAAUAACAAUCCACUGGAUUUAGGUGCUUCUGGGCAAUGCUUUUGUUGUCUUGGUGAACCAAGUUCUGAAAUAGAUUUCUCAAUGUGCAGAUGGUUAUAUCCACAGUUAUUGUUUAUAUAUGCAUCAUUCAGGGCCAGAAGGAAUAGGAUGAGUUUUUGAAAGUGUCGGAUUAGUUUUUGCUCCGAUAGAGAGGAGAAAUGCAUAUCUCUUUCUCUUUUUAAACUUUCCAUAACCAUAAUCCUUACAAAGAAAAAAAAAAGGCUUUUAAUUGUUUCAUAUGGCAAGCAGGGAAUGGAGGGGGGUGUUACUAUUAUUAUUAUUUUUUUGUUGAAAAGCUGACAAUGCACUUUGAAAACAUAGGGCGCUCUGAAUAUGCACAGGAACUGGGUUUUUAUUAUAAUAAUAAUAAUAAUAAUAAUAAUAAUAUGCAGAAACCAAAACUCUAAAUGGAAACAAAAAGGAUUUGACUUUCUCAAUAGCUCUUUCUUGCAGUGAUUCUUCGAACCACACACUAUUAUCUCAGGUGAACAAUUUCAUUUUUUGCAGAGAUCCCGGAUACUUUCUGUGAGAAUCAAGGCCAAUAGCUUUUGAAAACGGGGUGGGUGGGUGGCUGGGUAAGUAGGAGGGGGAAUAUAAGGAACGGAAGUGCUUUCAAGUCUUAUCACAGGAAUCGUUUUAUAAGAAAACCAGUUCUAAUACCGAUUCGGCUUUGUUUUACAAACCCGUCUUGUAGAGAACGAAUGUUUUGAAAAAUAACCUUCGAUGCAAUUUUUUUUGUUUGUUUGUUACCAAUUAUGGCCAUGUUCAGUUGUAGCCAAACCGCUCAGACCGAACGAUGGGUCUGGUAGUUUGUGACUGACUGUUUUCAGAAUGAAUCUUUGCCAUGAGAUUUUUGGGACCGUGCGCCACUUAGAAAGCCACCUACGCACAACCCAGGAAUUGUGAUUUCCGCAUGGGGGGUGGAGGGGCUUUUUCACCUGGGUUUCAGGCCUGCCGGCCGUAACUUGUAAAUUUCCUACUUGCCCUAAUAUUAAAUGCUUUCGUAGAAUUGAGAUGCAAAAAAAAAAAGAAA